UGAAGGCGCAUGGCCGCGGUGUGUCUCUCUGGUGUCUGCCCGCCUGUUGUCAACUACAGAAGCGCUUACUCAACCGCUUUCCCUUCCCUCGGUACACAUGGCCUCAAUAAAAGAAAGAGCCGCGGCGCUGAACCUUGCAGAAAAGUUGUGUGUGCGUCCUCAAGCACAUGGAGUGGCCAGUAAGCCAGUGCAGUCUUCAUCCAUGUGGAGUGGCCUCAUCUCCCACCUCAGGUCCUCUGUGAAAGUGAAGCGUAGACGGGUCCACCUCAAGUCUCACAGCGACUGCUUCCUGGGCUCAGAGGCUGUUGAUGUGGUGGCAGAACACAUAAAUCAUGUCAAAGGCUUUGAAGGUGCCAGCGUGUCACGGGACAAAGUGGUGUGUGUGUGCCAGGCUCUGUUGGACUGCAAUAUGUUUGAGGCAGUGGGAACCAACGUAUUUGGCAAACACAAGCAGCAGGAUGUGUUUCAGGACAGCAAGAGUGCUCUUUACAGGUUUGUAGGCGUGUGUACUCCUUCGAUCGAUGAGUUGGAAAGUGGUGCGCUUGUGAAUGGGAUCCAAAAACUCUUCUGCGGCACUCCUACACACAGCCAGGAAGAGCAGACAUGUCCCACUGGGUCACGUGUUCAGAUGUCCACCCCUGUCAGAUUUACUCAGACACCCAUAAAGGCCAACCAGCUGGACAUUGCUGCCCCUGCCAGCCUGUCAGUGGAGCCUCUGGUGGACAGUCUGUCUCUGAGUCCCAGCAGAGUGCAGUCUGACACUGUUUUACCACAAUCCUUGGUAGACGAGGUGUGGCAGGAGCAGACUCUGCUCAGGCUCUUAAACCUGGUGGAGCUCUCCCUGCUGGAAGGGGUGCUUCAGUGCAGCCAGACCCCAUCCUCUCCUCUUCCAUCAAACCUGCUGGCCCACAGUAACCCAGACCUGAUCUACAGCAGCAACCACCUGGACAGGCAGAUCCUCAAGGCCUUCAGGGACUCUCAGGAAGAUGAGUGGCUCUGUGCAGCUCUGGACUGUCUGGACUUCGUCCCUGAUCAGCCAGUGGUGGAGCUGAGCAGGGAGCUGCCUCAGUGUGCCCUGCGAGAUCAGGACAGCUGUGAGCAAGUGCCAGCUGCUAGCAGUACACAGGAUGGAGUCAACAACAGUGACGAGCAACCUCGUCUCUCCCAGAGUGGUUUGUCCCAGUGUAAGCUGCUGCUGUACGGGACCCUGGUGAAGCACUACAGCCACACAGACAGGCCUCCCCUGCUGCCCCAGCACAUGACCGACAUCUACACUGCCAUCACUGACCUGCUGGUGAAUGCUAAGUUGGGCACGGCUCUUGAGGCUCUGCAGCUGUGUCUGAAGCUGCUGCCUCCUGCCUGCAGAGACGAGCUGCGCAGGCUGCUGACAUUCAUGGCUGUGGCAGGUGACCCGCAGAGGAUAAGAUUGGACAAGGAGAUGGAGAACAGACUGGCUGUGAAGAAAUCUUUCUCUAGAGCAAUCCUCCACAACAAGGCUCUGUCAAAGGAGAAAGAGGACCUUAUGGUGGUCUUCAUCCUCAGCAACAUGAAGGAAAUUUUUAAGAUACCAGGGGCUCUGCACAAAGGAGUGAGUGACAAGCUGGCCAGCCUCAUACAGGGGAAGCAGCCCGAUGUGACUGGCUCCACGUUCUGUCAGCAGGUCUCCAGCAGGACUUACACUGACUCUACAAAGAAGACCACCAACCAGGAACUGUGGGUUCUGCUAAACAGCAUCCACCUGGACAACAAGAUCUCUGCCAAGGAGAGAAAGCGCUUACUCAGACAGUUCUACCAAGCCCACCCAGAGAUAUUUAACCAGUAUUUUGGUGAAUCUGCUGCUGGUAUGCUGUAGAUUUGUGAAGACAAUGACAUAGGCACAAAGCCUCUCUGUUGUCUUCUUCAGUCAGUUUCACCAGUAGCUACUUUUUGCCUUUUACAUGAAUUGGUUUAUUGUAGUAAGAUUUAUUUUAAGUCACUACAAUUUUUUGUGCCUGACAGUAAAUCUCAGUGGAGAUUUAAAGAUAUAUAUGGCAGAUACCUCCAGCAUAUGAUUACACUUUGUAAUUGAACAAAAUAAAUAAACAGUUGGUCUAUU